GAAGAAGUCUUGGGUUGAACCAGCCACCAGGCCAGAUAAACAAGCUGGCCUGUCACUGUUCCUGUUUUCAGCAACUGGGGAGGGAACUCCCUUGGAUCCUGCCCAGGACUUGGAAUUCCGAAGCACACAGACCAGACACCUUUGCACCUGGCUCCCCUGCUCAGGCCCCACCCUCCCCUCCUUUCCCCGCCCCUGAGGCCUGGCCAAGCGGGUGGUGCGGAGGCGGCAAAGAGGCCCAGCGCUCCAUCCGUGCUCAGCCCAGAGCCGAAGCCAAAAGAGGGCCCUGAGCCCGGCUCCAUGAGGACGCUACUGACCAUCCUGGCCGCGGGAUCCCUGGCAGCUCACAUUGCUGAGGACACCUCGGAUCUUCUUCAGCACGUAAAAUUCCAGUCCAGCAACUUCGAAAACAUCCUGACUUGGGACAGCGGGCUGGACAGCGCCCCAGACAUUGUCUACAGCGUCGAGUAUAAAAAGUACGGAGAGAGAGAGUGGCUGGCGAAGGAGGGCUGCCAGCGGAUCACCCGGAAAUCCUGCAACCUGACCAUGGAGACGGGCAACUUCAUGGAGUUCUAUUACGCCCGUGUAACUGCCCUCAGCGCAGGAGGCCGGUCAGCCACCAAGAUGACCGACCGGUUCAGCUCACUGCAACACACUACCAUCAAACCACCUGAUGUGACCUGUAUCCCCAAGGUGAGAUCCAUCCAGAUGAUCGUCCAUCCCACCUCCACGCCUAUCCGCGCAGGGGAUGGCCACCGGCUUAGCCUGGAGGAUGUCUUCUCUGACCUAUUCUACCGCUUAGAGCUCCAGGUCAACCACACCUACCAAAUGGUAAAUAUAUGUGCCUCCCUGGUCCUUCCCUGCCUGGGAAACUCAUUUCCCUGUCGAUUAGAUCUGCAUUGCUUCAAGUAGAAAGGAGAUGUUUUAUGUAAAUUAGCAUUUUCCAAAACACAGCCCUCCCUCUUGUAGAUCACACAGACAAGAGCCUGCUAAAGUCUCUGACAAGUCCUGCAAAGCCAAGACUCCAGUUUCAAUUUAUUGAAUACGACUUCUCUCAAAUUUCUUGACCAGAGAGACUCCUUUUAUUUUGCAUAAUUUUUUUUAAAGAUUUCAUUUAUUUGACAG